AUGGAAACAGUGGGUAAAAAACAACUACCCCAGGGUGGUACCGGUAAUGCCGGAGAAUCCACCCCUAGGCCUAGCCUAGGCAGCCCCAUCGUAUCUGGGGGGGGCAACACACUGUUUUGCGGCGAAAUAUCUGCUUCGUCCGUGGGUCCCCUAACAUCCGGGGACCAACUUAUUGGGGAGGGAACUAGGCCGGUGAGACCUGUAGUCCCGGCACGCUGUUCGAGGGGAAGGCGUGGUAGACGAGGGCGCUUAGCACUCUCUGGUGAUGGAGGUGAGUCUGAUGGCUUGCAAUUGUCACUCGUAUCAGCUACAUCAGAAGAUAAUCGUAAGAGGAAGGCUAAGGCUCCGAGUGUCAAGGCUGUGGCUGCUAAGUACAAGGCGGUAGCAGCCUCUGCCUCGGUAACAGCGACUGAUGGGGAAGAGCUAGCCGCUGAGAUUGACACGGAAGAGGAUCUCGACGAUCUUUCAUCGUCAUUAUCGAGGUCCAAACCAAAAAUGCCUACCCAGCACGGAAGAGCCAUUGAGGAGGUAGCGGACAGAUCCCGAAAUUUAAAGGGAAGCUUCGCCCAGGGAUUAAGGUUGGCCGUGCGACAACUCAAAGCGGCCGCCGGCGAACUUGCUAGGAGGUCAGCGGCCGAUGAUGUUAUCGCAAGACUGGAGAAAGAAAAUGCUGAAUUACGUUCGGCCCUCUCAAGCCCCCUCAUAAGAACAGAAAAACUAACGGAAGAAAUAAAGCGUUUCCGCGAGCAGUCCCAUUCAGACUUUACUAACGUACCUGGAAAGUCAACGCGAGUUACAAAGCACUCUCGUGAACAGAAUGACCUAAUGGAGCACAUUGGGAUGCUGAUCGAGAGUAAGCUCAUGGCAUUCGAGGCCAGGUUAUUUCCCGAUAAAGCAAUCCGCCCACCAUUGGGAGAAAAGAUUGUAACACGUCCUAGUACACUGUCAACGACGAUACAGCAACCAGCGUCGGUUCCAUCGCAGCACAAAAUUAAAAAACCAAAACUGCGAAAGAAGAAGAAGCCCAUACAUCCACCAGUAGAUGCGCUAGUACUGCAAGCAUCUACACCUGCAAUGACAAACUCAUGGGCAGACGUGACUAAGAAGGCAAAAAUACAAAACGUUGGGUCCAACCGUGCAUCCAGGCAAGAGAAGAGGCAACUGAAAGUUACUCGUGCCCCAAAAUCUGCAGCUAUAACCAUUACGCUAGUAGAGGGUUCCACGAGUACUUAUGCUAAGCUUAUGGAGGUCGCCAAAACUAAGAGGCUGUUGAGCGGGAUAGAGAGAGAACAGAUCCCACUCGGAGACGGGGUCACCGGCGCGCCCAUGCGCCUCGUCACGGCUCUCCUAAUAGAAAUGGUGCUCCCCUACCAGAAACGGGGCCUCAGGGGUCCUGAGCGAUUGGGGCGAAGCCCUCAAUUGCCCAGUAAAGCUCCCAUGGAGAUCGGUGGU